AUGCUUUUCUUCGCUCUUCUCGCACCUCUCCUCGGGCUCGCAGCUGCCGCUCCUGUCGCUGACGCGGCAGAGGGAAGCAUCAAUGAGCUCCUUAAGCGUGGUGAUGGCUCAGGUGUUCACCUUGUGAACUGUGAUGGCUUUGGAGGCGAGGGUACCAUUGUGCCCCCCAGCUCCCACGUUGUUUUCUGCGAGAAUGACAGCAACUGCAACUUCUCGCCCUCUGGUGACAACAUCUGCACGAUGGGAGUCAACUUCUGGUUCACAUGGGAGGGACAAGCUCAGGCCUGCACAUUCUCUUCUGGCGCUCGAUUCUCUUGGUUUGUCAACAGCGAUGCGCAGUCGCAGCCAAACUUUGUCCACGUUGGCGAUGGUGGCAACCAGUUCCGUGCCUACGCGGGUUUCAAGGACGACAAGCACACCAUGUUCUUCCGAGGAAGUGGCCAGUGCCACUCUAUCUACUACUUUGUUUAA